AUGUUUCAAAUUCCAGUUGUAUGUGAUAGCACCACAUGCGCACAGACACAGAGGCAUACACACAUACGCAUACACACAUACAUAGACAUAUACAUACACAUACGCAUACGUAUAUACACACACAUAUAUAUAUAUAUAUGCAUCUACACACACAUACACACAUAUACACGCAGAUACACUCAUACACAGACAUACACAUACACAUACAUACAAAUAUAUACACAUACAUACACACACAUACAUAUACAUACACAUACAUACACAUACACACACACAGACAUACAUGUAGACAGAGAGAGAGGCAUAUAUUUGUGUCGACAGUAUAGGAAUGACUAUUCAACAGAGAAGAAAUUACAUGGGUAA